ACCAGUUAUCCAGGAGAACCUGCUUGGGUGGGGCCCCUGUGCCGUACCAGAGCAGUUUAAAGACAUGCCGUACCAGCCCUUCAGCAAAGGAGACCGCCUGGGCAAGGUCGCGGAUUGGACUGGGGCCACAUACCAGGACAAGAGAUACACCAAUAAGUACUCGUCUCAGUUCGGGGGAGGCAGUCAGUACGCUUACUUCCACGAGGAGGACGAGAGCAGCUUCCAGCUGGUGGACACGGCCAAGACCCAGAAAACUGCCUAUCAGAGGAACCGCCUGAGGUUCGCCCAGAGAAACCUGCGUAGAGACAAGGAUCGCAGGAACAUGACGCAGUUCAACAUGCAGACUCUGCCUAAGAGUGCCAAGCAGAAGGAGAGGGACCGCAUGCGUCUGCAGAAGAAGUUUCAGAAGCAGUUUGGGGUUCGUCAGAAAUGGGACCAGAAAAAUCAGGUGAGAGAAACAGCAGCUCGAGGGGGAGAGAAGCAGCGGGAUCCUCCUCCUGUGCGUCGCUCCUCCUGAGGAUCCAAGCCCUUGUUCCUCUGCAUUCCCCCUGGCGAUCUCUCU